CGUUCGUCCUCGUCGCACGCUGGCAGCUGUGUUUUAUGCAGUGUGGCAGCCUGUCCCCACUGUGGCUUUUGGCUACGUCUGGCUACCGCUGCGCGCGUUCUGCGCAAUCGUCCGGGUCUCGCAACAGCGCUGCGUGGCCGAAUAGCUCACAGCGUCGCGUGUGCGCGUAGCUGCAGAGCUGAAUCCAAGCUGAGACAAGCCAGCCAAAGAGAGCAAAAUUGCAAAAAGCGUGCGCGUGGCGCGUAGAGCUCGUUGUGCAUCUAUAAACGAUCAAUAACAGCCAUGGCUGCAAUCGCAGAAGCCACAGAACCGCUGCAGUUCGCCAGCCGGCGCUCACCCAUGCUCUGCACGCAUGGCGUCUGCUGCACCUCGCAACCGCUCGCAAGCGAAGCCGGCCUGCGCAUCCUGAAGGCUGGAGGCAACGCGGCCGACGCGGCCGUCGCAGCGGUCGCGGCGUUAAACGUGACGGAGGCAUGCAUGUGUGGACUCGGCGGCGACGCGUUUUGUCUGUACUACGACGCCGCGACCAAGACGGUGCGCGGUCUCAACGGUUCCGGUCGCGCGCCGCAAGCGCUGACGCCCGAGCGGGCGCGGGCGGCCGCCGGCGACGGCGCGAAUCGGUUGCCUGCCGACAGCGUCCACUGCGUGACGGUCCCCGGCGCCGCUGCGAGCUGGGCCGACUGCGUCUCGGACUUCGGGCGGCUGCCGCUGGCGGACGUACUGGCGCCGGCGAUCGAGAUGAGCGAAGAAGGCGUACCCAUACACGUCGUCGCCGCGCAGCUCUGGAGCGACAACGCGCAUCAGCUGCUACGCUGGGGCGGGCUGGAAGGUAACCCGGGCGCCGCGUCGUUGCUCGUCGACGGCCGGCCGCCGCGGCACGGCGAAGUGCUCAGAAACCCUGAGCUCGCGGCGACUCUCAGAACGCUCGCCUCAAAAGGUGCCGAGGGCUUCUACAAGGGCCCGGUCGCCGAGGCCAUCGUGAAGUGUGUCCGGGCCAAGGGCGGCGUCCUGUCUCUCGAGGACCUGGCGGCGCACGCGACGGAGCGAGUCGAGCCGCUGUCGACGACGUUCCGUCCGCGUCCGGUGUCCUUCUUCAAGCUUCACAGCGAUGGCGUGUGGGUUCACUGCCCGUCCCCGCACAGGUGGAAAGACGGUCCACGAACUCCCUCCGAAUGGGUCAGGCCUCGUGGCGCUGAUGGCACUCGCGACGUUGGAGCAGCUACCACCGUCGAGCGGGCGACCGGAGGACGUCCUGCGCCAGGUGGAAGCGCUCCGAAUGGCCUUCGCGAAAGGUCUCGCAGACAUCGGCGACGGCACGCCGGCGAGCGCCGACGCCCAUCUCUCAGAGGCGCGCGCCGUGUCCGCUGCGCUCGAGAACCUAGGCACCGACACAACAUACCUGUGCUGCGUCGACGCGGCCGGCAACGCCUGCUCGUUCAUCUGCUCGAACUUCGAGGCGUUCGGUUCCGGGCUCGUGCCGGAGGGCUGCGGCUUCUCGCUCCAGAACAGAGGACGCAAUUUUGUCUUGCAAGAGGGGCAUCCGAAUUGUAUCGGACCCGGGAAGCGGCCGUACCAUACGAUCAUUCCAGGCAUGGUGACGGAUGGUGGAGGUCUGCGUGGAAAUCAAAUUUACGGCGCGUUCGUGCUGAAUCGUCGCGUCGACCUGCACGCCAUCGACGCGACGCCUGCUCGAUGGCGUGGUGAUGCUGGUUCCUCACCGCUCGACAGAGCCAGGACGGCCGCGUCAUCGCCGAGAAAUGACUUAGUGAAGAAUUGUCGGGUGCACCCGUCGCACUGGUUGAUUUCCACACAGGUGGAGGUGAGUUCUACGCGGCGUUUGGGGUCAUGGGAGGGUUCAUGCAACCGCAAGGCCACGUUCAGGUCCUCUCCAACCUCCUCGACCGCGGCAUGGACCCGCAGGCGGCCCUCGACGCGCCGCGCUUCUGCAUCGCGCCCGCCUCGGGCGACCUCCAGGACAAGCGGCCGGACAUGCUGCAGGCGGAUCGCGGCUCCAUCGUGGUGCACUUCGAGGAGGGCUUCCCGCGCGACGCCGUCGAUUUCGUCGAGCUGGCGGGCUACCAGGGCUAUUUUGGCGCGAGAGGCAUCGCCGGCCACGCCCGGAAGAUGUUCGGCCGCGGCCAGUGCAUCGUUGCUCGCCCAGACGGCUCUUCGAAGAAACGGACGCGCGACGGCCACGGGUGCGUCCUAUGGGCCGGCAGCGACGGCCGCGGCGACGGCUGUGCCGCGGGCUACUGA